UUAUUGCCAUGUGAUUUUGACACUUCAUAGCUUGUAAAAAAUCGUAUUGUUGUCGCCGGUGGUUGUGUAAUUUUGGGUUGUAAAUAUUGUAUUUAUUGCUUCUUAGUUUUGCUCAUAUUCCCAUAAAGCUAGCAUGUACAAACAAUGGGUUUAACAAAGUUUCGCACACUCUACACGCUGUACAGUGCAAAUUAUCGGAGAAGGGUCUUGGCCAGUGUUCAGCAUAGCUGCUUCCACACCACAACCGCCCGACAGUCGGACGAUAUCGAGUACGAUGAGAUACCGGUGUCGCGGAUACGCAACUUCAGCAUCAUUGCCCACGUUGACCAUGGGAAGAGUACGCUUGCCGACCGGUUGCUCGAAAUGACCGGCACGAUAGCGAAACAUUCGGGCAAUAAGCAAGUGCUGGACAGUUUGCAGGUUGAGAAGGAGCGCGGCAUCACCGUAAAGGCACAGACGGCCUCGCUGAUCUAUCAGCAUGCGGGUCAGCCCUACCUGUUGAAUCUGAUCGACACACCGGGCCAUGUGGAUUUCUCGAACGAGGUGUCCCGAUCGUUGGCCGCCUGUAAUGGCGUUAUACUGCUAGUGGAUGCGAAUCAAGGUGUGCAGGCACAAACCGUGGCCAACUACCAUCUCGCCCGCUCGAAACAGCUCGUCAUCGUGCCAGUGCUGAACAAGAUCGAUCUGAAGAACGCCCGCCCGGAAGCGGUAUGCAACGAGCUGCUGACGCUGUUCGACAUAGAUCCCGAUGAUGUGCUGAAAGUUUCGGCCAAGGUGGGCACGGGUUGCGAUGAGGUACUGGCUAGCAUCGUGAACCGGCUGCCUGCUCCCGGAGCGAACCGGGACACGGACUUCCGGGGGCUAAUAUUUGAUAGCUGGUUCGACAAGUAUCGGGGUGCACUGAACCUUAUCUACGUGAGUGAUGGUGAAAUCCGCACCGGCCAGGAGAUCGCAUCGUGCCACACGGGUAAAGCGUAUGAGGUGAAAAGCUUAGCACUGCUGCGACCGGACGAACGUAAAGUGGACCGGCUGGUGGCGGGGCAGGUGGGUCUGCUCGGGUGCAACAUGCGAACCAGCAAAGAGUCACACAUCGGGGACACGUUGUACCUGAGGAAAAACAAAACGUGCGUCCCGUUGCCAGGUUUCAAGCCCCAGCAGCCGAUGGUAUUUGCGGGCGUUUACCCACCGGACCAAACACAGCAUCCCGUCCUGAAGAGUGCCAUCGAAAAGCUGGUGCUGAAUGAUUCUGCCGUUACCGUCGCGCCGGACUCUAGCCCAGCGCUUGGGCAAGGCUGGCGGCUCGGUUUUCUGGGCCUGUUGCAUCUGGAUGUGUUCAGUCAGCGGUUGCAACAGGAGUACGACGCCGAACCGGUACUGACGGCACCAUCGGUAACCUACAAAAUCAAGCUAAAAGGCACCAAAGCGAUCGCGGCGCACGGUGGCAACGAAACGGUUUACAUCAGCAAUCCGGCCCUGCUCCCCGACCCUACGAUGGUGGAAGAGUACUACGAGCCGUACGUGCUGGGGACAAUUAUUGCACCCACCGAGUGCGUCGGGGCCAUUAUUGGGCUGUGCGUCGAGCGUCGGGCAGUUCAGAAAACGUCGCUCAAUAUCGAUAACGAGCGCAUCAUGACUACGUACCUGAUGCCGCUGAACGAGAUCGUGCUGGAUUUUCACGAUCAGCUAAAAUCGGUCAGCUCCGGAUACGCAAGCUUCGAUUAUGAAGAUCACGGUUACGUCGAGACAAGCAUCGUCCGGAUGGAUGUACUGUUGAAUGGGCAGCUAGUGGAGGAACUGUGCACCAUCACGCACACCAGCAAGGCCCAAAACCAUGCGAGGGAUUUGGUGGUGAAGCUGAAGGAGCUGAUCCCGCGACAGAUGGUGCAGAUCGCAAUACAGGCGGUGGUGGGUGGAAAGGUUUUGGCGCGCGAGACUAUAAAAGCCUAUCGAAAGGAUGUGACCGCUAAAUUGUAUGGAGGAGAUGUUACCAGACGGAUGAAACUACUCAAGCAGCAAUCUGAGGGAAAGAAGAAAAUGAGAUCGAUUGCUAACAUCAAUGUUCCACGCGAUACAUUCAUAAAUGUACUGAAACGAUAAGUAA